AUGCGAAAAGACGACGUAGAAGUUGAAGCUCAGGGCGCUGGGCCAAAUGAAACUACUUCAUUACUCUCAGAUGUACCCAUUACAACUCUUGAUGAAUUCCAAGCAAUCGGCGCUCCUGUGGAAAGGUCCUCUGUCCUUGGUCGUGAAGUGACCCUAUUAUCCGCAAUUAUGCUGAAUAUCGGUCAGAUUACGGGUUCUGGUAUCUUUGCUGUACCUGGAGUCAUCCUAAACUCAGUUGGCUCAGUCGGGGUUCUGUUGCUUUACUGGAUAUUAACGCCAAUUUUCGCGUACGCUGGAAUAUCUUUAUAUAGCGAAUUUGCAAGUAUGUUUCCAAACAGAUCUGGGGCCGAGGUUGUAUAUCUGGAGCAAGCGUACCCCAGACCCCGCUUUCUUGUUUCCACCGCAUUCGCUGCCACCGCAAUCCUGACUUCAUUCAGUGCCUCGAAUUCAAUCGUAUUUGCGCAAUACACGUUAUCUGCCUUCAAUGUCCCGAUCACAGCUCAAAACCAAACUGUCACCGCGUUAGCUAUGAUAUUCGUGACUAUUGCGUUUGUCGCCUUUUCCACCAAAUGGUCUCUACGGGUUGUCAACUUUCUUACAGUUUUCAAGGUUUUAUCACUAGUUUUCAUUGUUGCUACUGGACUGGCAGUAUUGCUGGGGUUGACCCGAAUUGAGGAUCCCUAUGCCAAUUUCCACAACCUUUUUGAAGGCACUUCGUGGAAUCCAAAUUCACUUGCCACAGCAUUUGUGAAAUCAAACCACGCAUUUGUUGGUUACAACAAUGCUUUCAAUGUACUCGGCGAAGUUCGCAGCAAGGAUCCUGUCAAAACUGUUCGCAGAGCCGGAAUAAUCUCUCUUUUAUCGGUCUCUGUUUUGUUCUUAUUUAUAAAUAUUGCAUACGUCGCAGCUGUUCCACAAGAAGACAUACGAAACUCUGGGCAGCUCAUUGCGGUGUUAUUCUUUCAGCGUGUCUUUGGGACUACAGGUGCAAGAACGAUUGGCCACACACGCGUAAUUCGAGAGGUCGCCAGACAAGGCUUGUUGCCGUAUCCUGGCGUCUUCACGUCUAUAAGGCCUUUCGGGACGCCUCUUGGCCCUAUAGCACUGAAAGGCCUUUUGACCGUCCUCGUAAUUGUUGCUAUACCUGCUAGAGAUGCGUUUAAUUUCGUGUUGGAUCUGGCAUCUUACCCAUCCUUGGUUUUCAAUUGCGCUCUGGCGUUAGGUCUAUGGGCCCUCCGCCGACGCAGGGCGCUGGCCAACAUAAAACCUCCCGCAUUUCAGGCCAAAAAUUCCAUUGUCGCAUUGUACCUCACCUCUUGCGUUUUGUUACUCUUAAUGCCAUGGGUACCACCGGAACCUGGCCAUGCUGACGUUUCGUUUUGGUACGCCACGUACUGUGUGGCGGGUAUUGGCCUCCUUGGGUGUUGUGGCUUGUAUUACUGGGUGUGGAUCAUUUUCUUACCCAGGUAUUAUGGGUAUGAAAUUAUCGAAGAGGUUCAAUACCAUGCAGACGGUGCGAAGAAUACUCGACUGACGGAGCACUCUCAUUAA